AUUGUGAGUUCAGGUAACAACAAACAAUGAUUAUCAUUGCGACAACCAACAUGAUUGACAUAAUAAAUCUAGUUAUCAUUGCAAUUUAUAGUUGCGAGUUUGGAAUUUCCCGAUGUUCGCCUAUUUAUACAAUACAUUCAAUAGUCAUCAACAGAGCGUGUUGAAGAAUCUGUACAGUCAGUCGCGUAUUAUCUACUGGUCUGGUCUGGUCUCGUCUUCCUGUUGCUCUCCUCUUACUCCAUCAAGAUAGGCUUAAUUCUACACUAUUUACGACAGAAACAAUGAUUCGCGUGUUCCUGUGUGGUGCACAUAGCACUGGAAAGACCACACUGCUUCACGAUGUGGGAAAGGAAGUGCCUGACAUCAAAGAAGAGUCGGAGAUUGCAAGACGAGUACUGAAUCAAAUGAGCCCAGAAGAAAGACUCAAAGUCGUUGAUUAUAAAAAUCAUCCAAAAGACUUUGAAAAAUUACAACGAUUAAUUUUGAAAAGACAGUGUGAAGUCGAAAGAGAAAACGCAAAUAAUGGAAAAGAUUACAUUGCAAAUAGAGGGAUUGAUCCGAUCGUGUAUGCAGCAUUAUACCUUGGUGAUGACGUCAAGAACACACUACUAGCAUUGCCGACAACACAGGAGUGUAUACAAAGGUAUAAGACGUCUUUUGUAUUUGUUAUUCACCCCCAUAAGCAAUGUAUGAAGGAAGACGGUGAGCGAAUCAACCCAGUUUUUAGCGAACUGACACGAUUUACAGAACUAUUAAUUCAGAUCCUUGAUGAUUUAGGAAUUGAAUACAUUCCGAUAACCGUGUUGGACCGCAGUGAGCGAUGCAGUAUUGUUGUGGAUCAUAUAAGGCAGCGUCAAGAAUUAUAAUAUCCAGUUUAACAGGCCUAAUGAAUGUUUUUCCAAUUAUUGCGAGUAAUAUUUUUUAGAUUGAUAAAGAUCUAUUGAACUUAAAAAAUUAAAUUCAACGUAUUGAUUGUUUAGUUUGGUAAUACAGGUCCGGUCCCCCUCCAAUUAAAGACCACUUUUGGGACGGGGUUUCUAUGGUCUUUAGCAGGUUUGGUCUCUAAUUUGAAUAAUAUAAUAGAUUAAAUAUACUUUUUAAUAUGGAACCACAGAAAAGUAGUCUUUAAUUGUAGAUGGUACUUAAAUGGAGGGGGUCUUUAAUUAGAGCAUGGAGGUAAUUUUCUACCUCAAUGAUUAGAGAGAGACCUGUAACUUUAAAUUUACAUCUUUGUUAUCUGUCAAUAGUAAUCCUUCGCCCUUCAUUAUAGAGGAUAUAGGAGCUUGGUUUAAUGCUAGAUGGGGAGAUUAAGCAUUGUUUUUAAUUAAAUUUCCUUUAAUGAGGAUAACUCAAAACAACUUAGCUGAAAAUCAUGAGGCCCUCAACCGAACCCUGUUUCUCCGUCAGAUAUUUUGAACAAAAUAAAUUGAGGUAGCUUAUGAUAUUGAUUUCUAGUAUAGUAAAAAUUAAGGAUGUAAUCAACUUGAGUAAAUGGUAUUGAUGUAUGGUAUUGAGGCCAAAAACAUAUAAUGGACUGAGGGUUAAAUCUGUGUGGUACACUUGGCAUUAAAGGCUGCAUACACUCAGGUUUAUGACCCUGAGUAAAAAUACUAAUAUAUACAAUCAUUAAUAGGCCUACUGAUAUAAACAAUCAUUAGCAAGGAUAGAACCUUUGUAAAAAUAUUAAUAAGUACGAAACAAUUCAAACAAAGGAUAAUCUCAAAAUGGUUAAGAAAAACAGGUUUAACAUUUUGUCGUUUAUAAUCAAAUAAUAAAUGCACGUAUCUAUAUAAAAAAAAUCAACUGAAAGAAAUAACGUACGACCUCACCAGAAGUAAAACCGAAACUGACUUUCAUUAGACAGGUAAUGAAAUGAAACAAAAAACAGUUCAUUUUUAAAAUUAAUAAUUAAGUUAUUUUAAUACAAAAUGUGCCUAGUUGGUAGCAAAAAUGUUAUAGAAUGACCGAAAAUGUAUAUAAGGUGGUUAAAAUAGUAAUUUACGGUAUGUGUCACGAUUAUAGUUAUAGAUGAAUGUUUACAUUUUUGUUCACUUGGUAGCUCACUCACUUGGAUUUUUUGAACGACCAACAAGAAUUCAUGGUUGUUGUUUUUCUUACAAUGAAGCAAGCCUCUCUUUGUAUUUAACAUGUAUUAACGAAAUGUACAAAAAUAAAUAAUAUAUAUAAUUGAUUAUAAACCAUUCAUUAAAUAUAAUUACUUAAUAAACAAGUGCGAACAAUGAAAUAAUGAUCUGUUGAAUUGUUGUAAAAUCACUACUAAAAUAUCUCUCUCAUCGGGGAACGACAGUGAGCAAAUUGACACAACGGUAUACCCGUGUAACAUAUUACAAAGUUCAGUAGCUCCAUAACGUAAGACUAUUAUACGAAAGGAAUGAACUUUACAAUGUUUAUACUGAAUACACCAUACGUGAUAGUAUAAUUGAAACCAUAAGCUGUGUUUAUAUUAAUGUUCUUUCAUCGAUUUUUUCAGUCAUAUAUGUAAAACCCUUUUUCGCUUUUGUCUUUAUUCAAUUUUAAUAGGCAUAUAAAUAUUAGGGCCUACAUUAAUUUUAGCAAAACCUAUUAGUAUAGCAAGCACCACUAUUUAGGGAAAAUGGUGAAAGCAAAACCUAUUAGUAUAGGUUUAAGAUUAGGGCCUACGUUAGUUUUAGCAAAACCAAUUAGUAUAGCAAGUAAAGUACCACUAUUUAGGGAAAAUGGUGAAAGCAUGGUAUCGUCUUCUUGUUGUCCGGGAGUUUAGAGAUGACCACUUGAUCUGUUGGGCUUUAGCCUAUGUUUUCUCUAGUCACGCCCCUACUUGUAGCCGUUUGAUUUCAGACAUUCGGCAGCCAUUGACAUUAUGUUGGCGUUAAAAGACUGCAUAUUGUGA